AUGUCGCUAUUGGCAUUUCUAAGAAGCGUAGUAACUCCCGGUGGUUCGAUCAUCUCACAGUGCCCCAAAACAGCUCAUACGGCCUCGAUCCUGCGUGACAGAAGCUACCCCUCUGUACGGCAGCAAUUUCCGGAUAAUCGAUAUCAACAUUUCCAAUCAAUACGAGAAAAGUCAUUCAUUUCUUCAUCUAGCUAA